AUGCCUAUCCGACAACGCAUCGCACGCCACCUGGGUGAAGCUGUAAGCUGUCCCCAACCAGCUACAUCUGGUUCCAUUUCUUCCUCUUCUCUCCCUCCUGUUGCUCCUCUGCUCAAGAAGCGUGCUCCCUUCCCCUCCUCCCUUCUCUCGAACAAGCCCGGAGUCAACAAGAAGGCAGUCUUCAAGCUGCGCACCGAGCUCAACGGCAAGGUCAUUGGCUCAAAGAUGAUCGAAGAAGUGCCCAAGCCGGGAUCACUCGACCGGGCGCGGGCCCAGAGUGAGGCCCUAAACAAGAACAACAACGACAAGCGCAAGCGAGAGGCGCCAGACGAGGUCCGGCCGCAGAGCUUCUACGGAGGCGGCGGCCGUGCUGCCGAGCAAGAUGCCGGUGGCAGCCCUCCCAAGAAGCGCAAGGUUGCAGAAGCAGCCAAAGCGGUGAGCAACAAGCGCAAGAGGGAGACACUCGACGAAGAAGUGUCUCCCGACGCCUCCGGAAACGCCGCCGAGCAAGAUGCCGGCGAGCGCACUGAAACCAGCGCCACCACCAAGAAGCGCAAGCUCACAGGACACAGCGAGCCUACUGCGCAUUCGGCGGUCGAGCCGGCUGGCAAGGCACCCCUCCAGUCACAAGCACCUGCAGAGACUACUGCAUUGCCUCCCCCUGUCAAGCCAGCCUCCUCCACCAAAGCACGGGCCAAGGCAAAGGCCAAAGCACCAGUUAAAGCACCAGCCCAGCACCGCAACAACACCAAGUCUUCGACUGCCAAACCCAAGAUGGAUGCUGCUUCUUUUCUCAGCGCACCAUGCAGAAGAUCCUCAAGACUGACACAGACUCCUCUUGACCAGCUCUCUCCAGAACAGAAGUACCUUUCGUACAUCAAGGCCCUACGGACUGACUGGCUCACCGACAUCAACAUCAGCUUCUGGGAAGAAUGGCUGGAGCGUGAGAUCCUCCCCAAGUACCCUCAGGCACGCAUCGUUCUGCUUAGGCCGACGAUGACGAUGAUCCUGACCAAGGAGCGCAAGAUGGAGCAGGUGAAGAAGGCACUUCCUGAAUUCAGGAAUGUCACGCACAUCUUUGUUCCCAUCACCGACGCAACCAGUGCCCAAGCUGAGGGCGGUACGCACUGGUCGCUCCUGCUCGUCUCCACGAUCGACGGAGUCGCGUUUCAUUACGACUCGCUGGGCAACGCAAACUAUAAGGAGGGCUAUGAGGCUACCUAUUGUUUGUCGAAGGUCCUGGGUAUCCCGCUCCGGUUCCAGAACAUAGAGGACUGCCCCCAGCAGGAGAACGGCAACGACUGCGGCGUCUUUGUGUGCAUCCUGAUGCGUCACCUCCUAGUCAAGCGCCUCCUCAACGCCAACGCCCGCGAGAAGGUCUCAAUGAGUAUGGCCAACAUGAUGAUCGAUGCGGGCGGCGGCCGAAAGGAGAUGAUGAAGAUCAUCGAGAACCUGCGACGAGAGGGCGAGCGACGAAGAAGCACCAGCCCCUUCUCUCUGCACAAACCGUCCCCCCCGCGCAUCGACUAG